UCGCCUGCCGGGAUUAGAGGCAGCACUUCAAGUCGGGAAAGAGGAGAAGCGGGCGGCCAUUCCUUUGCUCUCCAUCCAGAGGGGAUCAAAAGGUGAGGCAAAGGGGCGAGGCCUAGUAGCGCCGGCGCUUCGCUCUUCUCUUCUGAGGAUCUUUCAGGAUGACAAGUCAACAAUGAGAAUAUGAAGAGAAACAAGUAAUUCAGUCUUGGCAUUGAAUUGCUGGGUCCAACUGAUUAAAUAAGGAAGAUGCAUUUACUUUGUAAAUCAAAUCUCCUUUUGGAGUAACCGAUCAUUACCAUGUGCUGAAGUUUCUAAUAUCAGCCAAGAUGACUACCAUUCAUCUGCUUUUGACUUGGAGUUUAAUCUUCAGUUUGGCACAUGGGCACAGUUUAUUCACUUGUGAACCCAUUCAUAUCCCAAGAUGUACAGCAAUGGCCUACAAUAUGACGUUCUUCCCCAAUAUAAUGGGGCAUUACGAUCAGUAUACUGCAGCAAUACAUAUGAAGCCGUUCCUGCCUCUUAUGAAUAUUGAGUGUUCACCAGAUGUCUGUACAUUUUUGUGCAAAGCAUUUGUGCCACUCUGUGUGGAACCAGCACGUGUAAUUCACCCAUGCCGAAGUCUUUGUGAAAGAGUUUACUCUGACUGUAAAAAAUACAUGGACACCUUUGGAAUCACAUGGCCUGAGGAGCUUGAAUGCAACAGAUUGGAGGAUUGUGAUGAAACUGCUGCCGUCACUCCUUCUGUAACCACAAGAGCACAUGGUACCCGGAAGACCCUACGACAGCCUAGAAGGGAUUAUGGAUUUUGGUGUCCACGCCAUCUGCAGACUUCCAGAGGACAAAGCUACAAGUUUUUGGGAAUUGAUCAGUGUGCACCUCCAUGUCCCAACAUGUAUUUCAGUGACCAUGAACUAGAUGUUGCCACAAGCUUCAUUGGGAUUGUUUCAAUAUUUUGCCUCUGUGCCACGCUGUUCACAUUUCUUACAUUUUUGAUUGAUGUUAAGCGGUUCAGGUAUCCAGAGCGGCCCAUCAUAUAUUAUUCUGUUUGUUACAGUAUAGUGUCUCUUGUCUACUUCCUUGGCUUUCUCUUGGGAAAUAGAAUAGCCUGCAAUCAAAUAGAUGAAAAGCUUCAGCUUAGUGCAACAGUUGUUCUUGGUUCCCAGAACAAAGGCUGCACAAUUGUUUUUAUGGCCUUGUAUUUUUUCACAAUGGCCGGAACUGUAUGGUGGGUGAUUCUCACAGUCACUUGGUUCCUCGCUGCUGGGCGCAAAUGGAGUUGUGAAGCUAUUGAACAAAAAGCAAUGUGGUUCCAUGCAGUUGCCUGGGGCAUGCCUGGUUUUCUCACUGUUAUGCUACUGGCGAUGAACAAAGUGGAGGGUGACAACAUCAGUGGUGUUUGUUUUGUUGGCCUCUAUGACUUAGAUACAUCCCGAUUCUUUGUCCUUUUGCCUUUGUGCCUUUGUGUUUUUGUUGGUUUAUCUCUUCUUCUAGCGGGAAUAAUUUCUCUAAAUCAUGUGCGGCAAGUCAUACAACAUGAUGGCAGGAAUCAAGAGAAGCUGAAGAAAUUCAUGAUUCGAAUUGGUGUCUUCAGUGGUUUAUACCUAGUACCUCUAGUAAUGCUCUUGGGGUGCUACAUCUAUGAACAAGUGUACAGAAAGAUCUGGGAAAUCACUUGGGUGUAUGACCAUUGUGAUGAGUUCCAUAUACCUUGCCCUUAUCAGGUCAAGACAUUAGCAAGGCCUGAAAUAUUUUUGUUUCUGAUGAAAUAUCUGAUGACCUUAAUUGUUGGCAUCUCUCCAGUCUUCUGGGUGGGAAGCAAAAAGACCUGUUCGGAAUGGGCAAAUUUCUUCAACAGGAAUCGCAAAAGAGACCCAAUCAGCGAAAGCCGGAGAGUGUUGCAAGAGUCAUGUGAAUUUUUCUUAAAGCACAACUCUACAACAAAGCACAGAAAGAAGCACUACAAAUCCAGCUCUCACAAGCUGAAGGUAAUUUCAAAAUCAAUGGGGACCAGCACAGGUGUCACAACCAAUCAUGGCACUUCUGCAGUAGCAAUUGCAAACCAUGAUUACUUGAGCCAAGAGACUUUCACUGAGAUCAAAAGCUGCCCAGGAUCAUCUGAGAAAAAUUUGGAAGCGGAUGGAGCACCCAGCCAAAAAGUGGAGGAGGAGUUGGCCCAUAGUGUGCAGAGUGGAUUGUCUAUGGGAACCAGCCCUAAAGUGCCUUUGGAACACCUAGAAAAGACCAGUAAAGCAGACAAUGUGCAAAAUAUCAGCUUCUCAGAAAGCAUGAAGAGAGCGGCUGAAGGAAGGACAACUCCUAAAAGUGACUUUAUUGAAGCUCUACCACUCCAAAUCAGUCAUCCACCCCUCGAUGUUUCCCAGGCAGGCAGCCUGAAAGGGUCAGCCUCGCUAUUUGCCCACUCUUCUUCAGAUUCAAGAAAAGCCCAGGAGUCUGGUCAUAGUUCAAAUGGUUAAAGAUGCAAAAUACUACUGUGAAUAUUACUUCAGGUCAUAAAAUGGAUGGAUUCCUUGUUACACUGGAAAUGACUGUUGCAUUGUGUCUUGUAAGUUAGCACUGUGCACAUCUGUAUAGACUGCACUUCAGGCAAAACUAAAAUUCUAUUGUAAUGAUGCCUAAUUUUCUAGUUGUUCACACUCCAGAAGUGUACCAGCUACCUGUAGACCUAGGAGAAGAAAAUGAGAUAGGAACAGAUUGUAACUUACCACUUUGUAUAUACUUGAAUCUGUCAGCAGUACAAAUUUGUAGGAAUUUGAUAUCACUUCAAGUGACAUAGCUGCAUCCUGAGGCAUCCUAGUACUGUACUUGCACUGUCUGCAAAUUCUCUGCUAAUUUAUCCUGGUGCUGCAGGCAGUUCAGAGUAUCACACCAAACUGCAAAUCCCAGCAUUCUGUAGAGUGAGGUCAUGACAGUUAAAACAGUAUCAAAUCUAUCACUGUGUGCUGUAGAUAAGUGCUGUUUGCUAGGUUUCAUUAGAGCAGGUGUGAGCAAACUUCGAUCCUCCAGGUGUUUUGGACUUCAGUUCACACAAUUCCUACUGGCUGUUAGUCCAAACACCUGGAGGGCUGAAGUUUGCCCAUGCAUGCAUUAGAGCAACAAGUAAGAUUGGAUGUUUUGUAAUAUUUUGGGGAAACUUAAUAGUUUCCUGGGAGAAGUGCUCUUUACUGUUUUAAAACCUUAAAAUAGCUGUGCCACAGCUACAGGGCAGGCUGUUUUUUAACGAUAUUUCUUGAGAUCCAGCACUAUAAGUAUCUAUGUGUUUUACAAAGAACUCAGAGGUGGCUCUUGGCUUUUUGUGUAAAUGAAGCAGUGAAUGUAUGCUACAUUUUACCCCUAAACUGUAUGUAAAAGAUCUGAAUGAGGCACAGAAUUCUUUGUCCAGAAUAUAUCCAAUAUAUAACACCUUUGAGACUGAAAUCUGCAAUAGAUUCAGUGUCUUGCUGAUUUGGGGGCCACCAGUUUAAUAUAGAAUACUUGAUAUAAAUUUCUCUCAAACCCUUUAUUUCUUUCUUAGGAUAACAUGGGUAGGUGGGAAUAACCAAUUGCUGUUAAGGUAUUCUAGACCACUGCUUCUUAAACUGUGGGUCCUGACUCCAAAUGGAGCCUUUUUCGUUCAUUGUUGAGUUCACGAAAAAUAUGACAGCAGUAAAAGUUUUCUGAAGAUUUAACACCAGUCUGUUAGCGACAACGUGCAGUGUAUUCGUCUGUAGAAGAUUCUUCAGCCAUACUUCAUAAAAAGGAAAAUCAGCCUGUUUAAGCCUUGUAAAUGCUGAUUUAUUUUAAGCAAAUGCUUGAUUUUUAUACCUGUUUAUAUAGGUUCAUAUAAAAAAGUUUUUUGAUGAAAAGGAGUUGCAACUGGAAAAAAGUUUAAGAAACCCUGUCUUAGGCAAUAGCUAGGUCAACCUGCUACCUUUCCAGUGAAGCUUAAACACCUUCUAGCAAUUACUUACAUGUUACAAGGUUUGAUUCUACUUAAAUGGACACUGGACCAUAUUUAUUUUCAUCCUGUACCUUUAGAGAACGUACAGGACCUAAUAACUGUGAAACUCAUUUUUCAGUAUUUUUAUAGUUUUAAAAACUAGGCAGUAGAAUUUUUUAAUGCUUCCUAUAAUGAAAAGGAUUUAAUUUGGAAAUUUGACCAGGAUUGCUUUAUUUGGCAGAAGCUAUGCAGUCAUAAUAAAAAAAAUGUAAAACAUCAAUUAAAUUAGGUUUGAAAGAUUCAGAGGUCUUCAUCUUGGGUGUUAGGUAGAAUUAUCCAGGCUCAGAUUUUUCCAUGCUGUGGCACUUGUUCUCGAUCAAUAAAAUGGCUGUUGCAUUGCUUAGAAUUCUUCUAGGUCAAGAGAAUGCAUUCAGAAGACCCUUGUUGCUCACAACCAAAUAGUUUUAGAUAAUGUACGAUAAGCAGAGCGAUUUCUUGUUUGUUAUGCCUGGUCUGAUAAGCCCCUGUGGUGAAGCUUUCUUAGGGAGACAUUGGUUGGACUUUCUCUCGGGCAGCAAAGUUAGAGUUUUGUCUUUAAAUUCAGUUGGUUGUACCUAUUUACGCUUUGCUGCUUAUUCAGAUCUUAGAUUGCCUGCUCUGUGGCCGUGGACCAUGGCCAACAGAAAGCCAGGAGAGUAGAUUUACAGUAUUUAUAUUCCGCCCUUCUCACCCCGAAGGGGACUCAGGGCGGAUCACAUUAUAACACACAUAGGGCAAACAUUCAAUGCCCAUAAACACAUCAAACAGAGACUGAGAGACACACGCAGAGGCAAGUUAACCUUCUUCUGAGGGGAUGUUCGAUUCUGGCCACAGGGGGGAGCAGCUGCUUCAUCAUCCACACUGACGGCACUUCCUCAUUCCAGGUCGUAAAUUAGUUAAUCUUGCCUCCCCACUUUAUAAGUGGUACCUUAUCUCCUACUUGAUAGAUGCAACUAUCUUUCGGGUUGCUAGGUCAGCAACGAGCAGGAUAAGUCUCUUGGGUAUUUCUGAUUUCACUGGAUCAUCUUCCUUAGUUUUCCUGUAUUGCACUAGAUUUGGCUGUGAAUGUGGACUUUGGCAUCCCAGAUGCAUCUAUAUCUAGGCUACGUUCAUUCAGAGGCAAUUUCUUUUUCUCAGUCCACUCUAAAUUUUGCUUGUGAGCAAAAAAAAACAAAAAACAAUGUGGGCAAUCAAGUAGGAUGUAGUAAUAAACACUUGCUUUUUGCUGCUUUCUGAAAAAGAACAAAGGGAAACAUGGACCUUCUUUAGAACAGAUGUGGGGGACAUUUGACACUUCAGGCAUGUUUGGCUAUUACUCCAACAGCCUUUACUACUGACCGUGCUAGCUGGGGCUUUUGAGCAAUGACAUCCAAAAUAUAUUGGGGGGGGGGGUCCUCACUCAUGCUUGCAAUGUAUUCAUUUCAAAGGGUUUGUUUAUACUGAUGAAGAUAAUUGUUUCACACAUUUUCACAGUUGGCAGCGGCCCUUUUAAUGCCACACACAUCACAAAUACUGUGGUGAUAUUGCCACAACAGGCCACAGAUUUCUCCCUGGUGAACUAACCUUGGUGCAAGAGGGCAGUCAACAAUCUCCAAUAUUACGCAUUAUUUUUGGCUAUACGACUGUGGCUGCUCUCCUCUUUUCCUUUCCCAUUUUACAUGUGAGUAUACAUAUAUAUUUAUAAGAUGCUUAAUCCAUAGUCCAGAUAUAGUAAUGCAUAUGAUGCUUCUUAGAGAUACUUGGUCAUGUCUAUAGACAUUCUAGGAAGCAGGAAAGGGAAGUAGGGGUUAUAUAACAGGUUUGGGGGACUUGCUUUUAAAAAGUUCUGGAUUGGAAUUAUAAAAAUCAGAACUGAUACCUAAGAUGGGAGAUACUGUUUUCUUAUGUAUAGUCUUCUUGCAAGGAGUUUGGGGUCUUGUCUUAUAAAAAGCAUAGAGACUCAGAGACAGGGUCUUGGCGUCUGUUCUCUAAAAUCUUUCAUUUUGUUUAGGGGAUGGGUAAUGCUGUUCUUGCUCAGUUGAAAGGGAACGGCACUCUUAUGUUCAGAAGCACUUUUAAUAUAUCUCUGCAGGCUAGCAGUAGUUUACUCUUGGCUGACAAGCCUAGACACAAUUGUAGACUUCUGUCUAUUGGAAUCUCAUGGUUUUUAUUGAUGAAUUUUUCAUAAGUGAAUGAUGGGCUCAUCGGUGAGUAAUGUUUAUAGCGAUGAGUAAUAUAUCAAAUUCUAUUACACUAACAUUGCUGUACUUUUAUAACUUUUCUGCAUCUGUGCCUAUUCUGAGAAUUGCAUUUUUAAGUCUGUAUGGUUAGUUUGAUAAGCAGACCUAGUUUUUGCAUUAUACUUUGUGGGUUAUGUUCAGGAUGCUACAUAAAACUACUGCAUUAAAAAUAAUGUAAAUGAAAGGUGAAUAAGGACGGUUGUUCUGAUGGACCAAUUCUUGAUUUAAACGUGGUAUGCUGAAUUUUGAAUGUAUUCUGUUCUCUGCAUUGUGUAACUUUGUAAUUUAUUACUUUAAACAAAGAGUAUUUGGAUUUUUACUGGAUUGUUAUUUUUAGCGCACAGUAUUUUUGCAGUAAUGAGAAGAGGCUGACACUAUUGUAAAUAUCCAGAGGUGGAAACACUUUAAAUGUUCUUUUAUUGCCAUUUCUGUAAUUUUUUAAAUUUUUUGUACACAUUUUAGCACAUGUAUUUUUGCUAUCAAGGUCAAUAAAGUUUCUAUACUAUACAAAAUAGA